CGCAACGGACGGGACCCCGCACAAUAUCGCUCCGCCUUACCGGCCUAGUCGGACGACGGUGUCGAGAAACAAAAGUUUUUACGUACACACGUGUGUACAUUCGAUCUCGAUGGGGCGCUAAAAACCCUAUUGCGCCCUACGGCCCCGUCGCCCGUCUCGAAAACGUAAACGUUUUCGAGAACCAACGGUACACGGUCGCCGCAGCAACCCGUUCGUCCGGGAUCUCACGGCCGCGAGCACUCGUCGGCGGAUCGUCGAAUUCCAACGCGGCUGAUAACGUGCGCGUAAUAAUUACGUUCUGAUAAUGACUUUUACUGUUUUUCUCCGGUGCGCGCACGGGCGACGCGAAAUCGCCGUUGAGUCUAGCGCACGCACGCACGCCAACACGCGCGCGCACGCGUCGCAUUCGGUUCCCGUAAUAAUAUUAUUAUUACUAUUACUAUUAUUGUUUCGUGCAUGCCAUUCACGCCGCCGCCGUGCUUUCCAUACUCCGCAGAUCGCGCGUUCAACUUACGUACGUUCCUAUUCUCUUGUCGUCGUCGUGUUUAUCAUAUAUAUUUUUGUUUUUUCCUCGGUUUUCGUUUCGAUCGUCUUCGCCAGCGCAGUCCUACAACGUUCUCCCUCCCCGUCGUAACCAGACCGUCUUCACAGCCGAACGGAAUAAUUAUCGUCUUCGCUUCUGAACACCGCCGCCGUCGUCCAACAAUUAUAUCAUCGUCGGACAUAAUUAUUCAAUUAAAAUCCUUAUCGUCUGCAUUGUUACUGAUGUAAUGCAACACACUCGUGUGUGGACGACGUGCGCAGCGCACAGUUUCAUGUGUUGGAUAACACCGUUCGAAAACCCCUCAGAUCUAUUUAGUUUGUAAACAAUACAUAUAGACUUAAACAGUCGAUACAAAUAUUGAUUGUGUAUUAGCAGAAAACAUGGCUGUCUGUAAUUUGUUUGAAAAUGUUGACAAAUCUAAUGUUCCAAUACAUACUCUUCCAAUUGAGAUAAUAACAAGAAUUAUUAAUCAUUUAAGUUUAUCUGAUGUUCUUUCAUUAGCAUGUGUAAGUAAGAUUUGGCGAUGUCAUUACAUAAAUCAAAAUAUAAUUUGGAUGAACAUUUGCGAGAAGAUGAAUGUACAGAGAUAUGAUUAUACUAAGUGUUUUGAUGACAUGUUUAGAAAUAACACAGAAUCCAAAGGUUAUAUUGAAACUACUUCAGUUAAAUUAUUUGGUCCCUUUUGUACAUGGUGGUCGGUUUUUAAUCGUUAUAAUAUGGUUUUAAAAAAUAUUAAAGCUAAUGAUUUUUCAACAAUUCAUGUGCAACGUAAAACAUCCAAUUUAACAUACUGUACCGAUGAUUAUAUUAUCACAGUAAAUCGUUACAAAAAUAGGCGUCCAAUAGAAGCAACUUUAUUGAAAUGUACUCCUGGGCCAGAAUUGAAAGUACGUUUAAGAAUACAUACUUUUUUUAAAAAAUUAAUUUCAAUAAGAGAUAGCACCAUUAAGAUUAUCGGUAAUAAAAAGUAUUUAGUAUUUGAAAUUCAUUCAAAUUUAUUUAUAUAUGCUAUUAGAAAUGAUACUUUUAUACAAAGAUCUGAUGUGAUGAUCUCUAAACCUGAGUUAAAUAUUGAACAAAAUCCAGAAUAUCUUACAAAAUACUUAGAAGCAAAUAAUAAUACUAAAAUUGCUAUUGAUGAUGAACAUUUAGCAGUAGUUCUACCGAACAAGAAUCAAUUGUUUAUAUAUGAUUUGGCCAAUAUGCGUGUAUAUCGAGAACUGAUUUAUUCUCAAAUACCAAACACUGUACAAUGUUUGAAGUAUGAUUCCCAAAGAGUGAUGAUUGGAAUCACAUUUAAGAUAGUGAUGCCUAAUGAUAUACCACCUUGUCAAGCUAUUAUUUACCAUUUGGAGAAAAGUAACUUGCCAUUUAGAGUAUCUAUAUUCGGUCCUGUUACUCAAUUCAAGACGACUGCUCAUCUUAUCGGCGUCGAAAACGAAGCACCCGAAACACCAUUCAUCGCAAGAAUUUCUAACAUUUAUAAAGUAUUUUGGAUUGAUUGUGACACAUUUUCAAUUGAUAGUACAAGAAAAUUUAUUUAUUAUAAUAUUAAUUCUAGUAUAUUUAAAUAUGAUCUCAGCAAGUCCUUGUCAGAUAAUUUUGAAGUAACACAAAAAAUUGCUAUUGAUGCAAUUGCAAUGCGAUUUUCUUUGAUGCCUAUCAACGAUAGGUUUUUAAUAUUACGCUCUACUAUUCCAAAUUCAUAUGACAUAUUUGAUGUUAAAGAACAUAUUAUUGUCAGGUCUCUACAAUUAAAUUCAAAGUAUUCAUUGGUUCAUGUGGGUAAACUCUCAAUUAUAUUUUCCAAUAAUUAUGAAUUUAUAGUGAUUGGAUUUUAUUAAUUUCAUCAUAUUUUUAUACA